AACAGUGUCACACAGCAAGAGCAGGAAGCCAGUCACUGUCUUGCAAGGCCGGCAACAAAGCCUGAGGAGAAAUCAAGGGCUACUGAACGCAAGUUGCUGCUGAGGAUUAUGGGCAGGUUUUUAGAAUGUAUCUGCAUGCCGCAAGAGGAAGAUGCCUGCACCUCAAGUACGUAGCCUUUGUCUUUGCCGGGCCUUGGCAGGAGUUGGUUAUUUAAGCACAGGUUUAGAGUGGGUCACAGCCGGCACCCAGCUGUGCCAUGCGUGGAGGCUGUUGGCUCCUGCUGCGAGAUGGUUCCUUAUUGUUACAUACCAUCGAGAAACUGGAGUCAGGAGAGGACUGACACCUUCACAGUGGUGUUCAGGUGUGAUUCAAGGCAAACCGUAGCUGCUUCAGUUUUUUAUCCCCUAAACUGAGUCAGGAUGAGUCAUCUGCUUUUAGACAGCACCCACCUACAAAAAAGGUGGGUUUGACUGCAUGCGUCUUCAUUCAGUCGCUCUAAGUGUGUCAAAAUUAUCAGUCCCUGUCUGAUUCCGAUUAGCGACUUAAAAAUACUCUCUACUAUGGAAGGAACUUGCUGCCAUCUAUUCUACACCAUUCUACAUCUAUUCUGCACUCCGGCAGUAGCUGUGCACGCGGCGGGUGCUCGGUCGAAGCUGUAGCGGGGGUGGGGGCGGAGUGCAGGGGCGGCCCUGGAGCCCCGCCUGGGCGGGGACUUGAAACCCGACGGCGGUUCCGCACCUGACCCCGGAGUGCCCUCGGCGCGGGGAAGCGUCUGGACCUGCACGAGGCUACGAAAAAGCUUCCAACAGGACAUGAUGAUGAAGCAGUUCAUGGCCAUGUUAAAGAAGAGUGAAAAUGAGCAUCCCCCACCCACCAAGCUGAUAGAUCUAGCAGGACAGCUUUGCCGGGAGCUCCAGAGCUCGUCUCCUAGUCUGGAGAAGCUGGUUGAAGCCAUGAUGGGAUGCAAGAACACGAGAUAUUUUCUCACUAACAUCCAUGUUGUCCGGGCUUGUGUGUCCGUUCAUAUCCAUAAUGGGCAACAUGAUGCAGCCUGCAGACUCCUGGAGUAUUGCAAGGCAGAAGAGAAGGAAGAACUGGUGCAACUUUGGCAUGAGAUUCACUACCGGAGGGUUAUGGAGAAACACCAGACAGAUUUUCUGACACCACUGCAGAGGUUUCGUUGCAGGAAGAGGAAUCCUCCACCUAUUUCCCUUUGUCCUGAAGUUUUGAAGAAUCGAAACUAUUCAGAAGAAGUACGCCAGCACCUGCACAAGUUUGCUGCAGAGGUGACAGCAAAUCCAGACAAGAAACAGCGGGAGGGGUUGGCUCGGGACAUGAACCUGCAGCCAACUCAGGUCUAUAAUUGGUUUGCAAAUUAUCGACGACGUCAAAAAUCUCGCCUCCUUCGUAUGGAAAAGCUCAACAAUUCAUGUCCUGAGAGGGCAUUGGCUUCCCACAGAAAUGAGCCACAGGAUAAAGGAUCCAACACUCCACAAACUGCAGAUGGAUCUCAUGUGGGCAUCAGCCCUGAGCAAAUGGAGAUAACCCUCAUGCCCUGUGAGCCAGGAUGGGAGCAGUCAGCUGCACCUCUGUAUAAGCCUCCUGAAGGAACGUAUUUAAAGAUGCUGGAAUCCAGCUGUGUGCAGAGCUCUGAGCUGUAUGAAGCUGGAACAAGCUUGGCUUUGUUCACCACUCACAGCACUGAACAACCUGUACCUUUUGGCACUGAGGCUGUGAUGGAACCAGGAACCUGCUUUGGCUCUCCUGUGGUGCUGCCUGAAGAAGCAGUGAGCAGUGCUGCUGCCAGCCCCUGGCAGGGGAGCUUUGACCUGGGCUCUUAUGAGUCCCUUCCCUUUGUGAAUCAUUGGCUGCCCAUGUGGCAGGCCCCUUACAGCAUCAGAGGAGUCUCUGGCUCCGUGUGGACCCCAGAUGUAGAAGCAGGUAUCAGAGUUCCCUUGAGCACAGUCUGUCAAGGUGGCUGUGUUGAAGACAGUUCAGGAAGAAUCAUUCAGGAGUCAUAUUUAGAGGAUGAAAGCUUAAUCCUUAGAGGAGGACAGCUAGGGACCCUGGAAUCUAUUCCCCACAGUUCCUCUCAGACUGUGUUUGGCAAGCCUCAGUGCCCACCUGUUUCUGCACCCUGCAUGGAAGAAAGCCAAGCCUUGGGACAAAGCCAGGUAAGAACAUACCUAAUGUUCAGAGAAAGGAGCUCUGUACACAUGAUCCCCUGCAGCUCUCUCAGAGAUGUGAAAUCUCAUAUCAUAUUUAGUAUGAAACAUAUUUGAUCUAAGCAUACCUUUUGGAAUCCAGUUCAGAGCAAGGUGGGCAUUCCCUGGGUAACAUCCAGCAGAUAGUAGAAGGAAAGGUGGUUUUGUUGAUUUUUUUUUUCCUACUUGAAUUGCUAAUCAGACCCUAAUUUUACUAAAUGUGUUGUUGAAAUGGUGGCCAAGGGAACCUGUGCAGAUCCCAAGUGUCAUUUAAAUUUUUAGCAAUGGAGGGCUCACCUAUAGAACAAUCACAUGAAGAUGGCUGCUUAAGGUCCUCCCCUCUGAGCGGUUUUGCACAAUUUGACUCUGCUCUCUCAGACCUCUUAAAAUGUUUAAUGUAAUUUUCAU